CAGGCAGGCUGCAGGCAGGGCACAGCUCACUUGUUUUCAACUGCCUCUCAGGAUCUGUGUUAGUUGUUCUCUCCUCUUUGGGGAGGGAAGGAAAGUUCCUCACCCACUCCUUGGAAAACGCCCUCCCUGGGAUGCUCCAGUAGGAGCUGGUGGGAGGGAAGGAGUGCUGACUGCAGAAAAUGUCAUGAGAGCAAAAAAAACACACACCAAAGGCAACUGACAGGAGAGAGAAGUUGUCCUCAGAUCCCUGCUUCCAGCAGCAAGGCGAAGGGACGGCUCUGCAGGCGCUGGCAGGACGCACAGAUGAAGUUCAGGCUGGCGGGAGCGGGGACCAACGGGCUUCGGCUGACGAUGGAGAGCGCGCUGACGGCCCGCGACCGUGUCGGGGUGCAGGACUUUGUGCUGCUGGAGAACUUCACCAGCGAGGCAGCAUUCAUUGACAACCUUCGGAAGCGCUUCAAGGAGAAUCUCAUCUAUACGUACAUUGGCUCCGUUCUGGUGUCUGUUAAUCCAUACAAGGAGCUGGAAAUCUACACCAAACAGAACAUGGAGCGAUACCGUGGGGUCAGCUUCUAUGAAGUUUCUCCUCACCUCUACGCCAUUGCAGACAACUCCUACCGCUCCCUGCGCACAGAGAGGAGGGAUCAGUGCAUCCUGAUCUCGGGGGAGAGCGGGGCUGGCAAAACUGAGGCCACCAAGAAGAUCCUGCAGUACUAUGCCAUGACCUGUCCUGCCAGUCAGCAGGUGGAAACCGUGAAGGACCGUCUGUUACAGUCCAACCCCGUCCUGGAGGCUUUUGGAAAUGCCAAAACCAUUCGGAACGACAACUCCAGCCGCUUUGGGAAGUACAUGGACGUGCAGUUUGAUUACAGGGGGGCUCCUGUUGGGGGCCACAUCUUGAACUACCUCCUGGAGAAAUCCCGCGUCGUGCACCAGAAUCACGGAGAGAGGAACUUCCACAUUUUCUACCAGCUGCUAGAAGGAGGGGAGGAGGACUUGCUGCGAAGGCUGGGCCUUGAGAAGAGCCCCCAGCAGUAUCACUAUUUAGUAAAGGGUCACUGUGCAAGGGUCAGCUCCAUAAAUGACAAGAAUGAUUGGAAGGUCAUGCGAAGAGCCCUGUCCAUUAUCAGCUUCAACGACAGCGAGGUGGAGGAUCUGCUGAGCAUCGUGGCCAGUGUCCUGCAUCUGGGGAACGUGCAGUUUGCUGCUGAUGAGGAAGGAAAUGCUCAGGUCACUACAGAGAACCAGAUUAAAUACCUGGCCAGGCUUCUGGCAGUGGAGGGCUCUGUGCUUCGAGAUGCUCUGAUCCACAAGAAGAUCAUAGCUAAAGGGGAAGAGCUGAUCAGCCCCCUGAACCUGGAGCAGGCAGCCUACGCCAGGGACGCGCUGGCCAAGGCCGUCUACGGACGCACGUUCUCCUGGCUGGUGAACAAGGUUAACAAGUCUCUUGCUUACAAGGAAGGAGAGUUUCCAGGCUGGAGAAGUACUACAGUUCUAGGAUUGCUUGAUAUCUAUGGAUUUGAGAUUUUCCAGCACAACAGCUUUGAGCAAUUUUGUAUUAAUUACUGUAAUGAGAAGCUGCAGCAGCUCUUCAUUGAGCUGACACUGAAGUCAGAGCAGGACGAAUACGAGUCGGAAGGAAUCGCGUGGGAACCAGUUCAGUAUUUCAAUAACAAAAUCAUCUGUGAUUUGGUGGAAGAGAAGUUCAAAGGCAUCAUUUCCAUUCUGGAUGAAGAGUGUCUGAGACCUGGGGAUGCCACAGACACGACCUUCUUGGAGAAACUGGAGGAGACUGUGAAGAACCACCCUCAUUUUCUCACGCACAAGCUGGCUGACCAGAAGACUCGCAAGUCCCUGGGGCGGGAGGAGUUUCGGCUUUCCCACUACGCUGGAGACGUCACCUACAGCGUUGCAGGUUUCCUAGAUAAAAACAACGACCUUCUGUUCCGGAACCUGAAGGAGACCAUGUGCAACUCUGAGAAUCCCAUCAUAAAUCAGUGUUUUGACAGGACAGAGCUGACAGACAAGAAGAGACCUGAAACGGCAGCAACUCAGUUUAAAAACAGCCUCUCCAAGCUCAUGGAAAUCCUCAUGUCCAAAGAACCCUCCUACAUCCGCUGCAUUAAACCCAACGAUGCCAAACAGGCUGAUCGAUUUGAUGAAGUCAUCAUCCGACACCAAGUGAAGUACCUGGGGCUGAUGGAGAACCUCCGGGUGCGCAGAGCUGGCUUUGCCUACCGGAGAAAAUACGAAGUGUUCCUGCAGAGGUACAAAUCCCUUUGUCCUGAGACGUGGCCCACGUGGGACGGGCGGCCCCACGAUGGGGUGGCUGUGCUGGUGAAGCAUCUGGGCUACAAACAGGAAGAGUACAAAAUGGGACGAACAAAGAUUUUUAUCCGCUUUGCCAAGACCUUGUUUGCAACGGAAGAUGCUCUGGAAGUGAGGAAGCAGAGCCUGGCAACCAAAAUGCAGGCCACGUGGAGAGGCUUCUACCGCCGCAAGAAAUUCCUGCACAUGAAACACGCAGCAAUAGCCAUCCAGUCCUGGUGGAGGGGAACGCUGGGACGCCGAAAAGCUGCCAAGAGGAAGUGGGCAGUGGAGACUAUCAGAAGGUUCAUUAAAGGCUUCAUUUACCGGAGCCACCCUCGCUGCCCUGAGAACGAGUAUUUCCUGGACCACAUCCGCUUCUCCUUCCUCAUGAACCUCAAAAGGAACCUACCAAAAAAUGUCUUGGACAAAUCAUGGCCAAUUCCUCCUCCCUCCAUCCGAGAGGCAUCCCAGCUCCUGCGACAGCUCUGUAUGCAGAACAUGGUCUGGACCUACUGCAAGAGAAUCAGCCCUGAGUGGAAACAGCAGCUGGAACAAAAAGUAAUUGCCAGUGAGAUUUUUAAGGGUAAAAAAGACAACUACCCUCAGAGUGUUCCCAGACUCUUCAUCAACACUCGACUUGGUAAUGAAGAGAUAAAUGCUAAAGUCCUUCAGGCCUUAGGAGAUGAAGCAAUUAAGUACGCAGUUCCUGUGACCAAGUACGACCGCAAAGGAUACAAAGCGCGCGCGCGGCAGCUGCUGCUGACCCAGAGCAGCGUCGUCAUCGCCGAGGAGUCCAAGGUCAAACAACGCAUCGACUACAGCAACCUGACAGGCAUCUCUGUCAGCAGCCUGAGCGACAACUUGUUUGUGCUGCACGUGCGCUGCGAGGACAACAAGCAGAAGGGAGAUGUUGUACUUCAGAGUGACCACGUGAUCGAGACCCUGACAAAGACAGCCAUGCAGGCAGGCAAAGUCAACAGCAUCAACAUCAACCAGGGCAGCAUAAAAUUUACAGUUGGGCAAGGCAAAGAAGGCAUCAUUGACUUCAUCUCGGGCUCAGAACUGCUCAUAGCCAAAGCCAAGAACGGCCAUCUAACAGUGGUUGCUCCUCGUUUGAAUUCUCGAUGAUGAACCGUGUCCUCACAGCAGGACCUUUCCCUCCCUUGGUCUGGCUGCACCCUCCAGAGCUGGCUGACAGCAAAAUGCCCUUUUCCUUCCUUGCUUUGCUCAUUUUAUUGUCACCAAAGACCUGCACUUUCAGAAAAAAAAAACCAAACCCACAAAAAACCAUCUUUGCUUUCUUGUCUUAAUAUGAGAUUUCCAAAAGAAAGGCCUUCUCUUCCUUACCUUAGUGGCAAAGGCACAGGUCCAAGGCACUGGCUGUGAAACUGUGGCUCAUGAAAGAUAACUCAGCUGGGCUUUGAGGAGAGAGAGGUAGGUCUGACUCAAAGAGUUCAAGCCUUGAUGGAAAUGACCAAAAACUUGUGCUUGUCAUCAUCAAACAAAGCACAAGCCUGAAAACAAGAGAACUGUGCUGCACUGUCAGCCAAAGCAAUGGAAAUGCCAAACUUCCUAUGCAGGAAGAAUGUCUUAUGAAGAAUUUUGCUCCGAGAUGUUUUGAUGCUUUGUGUUACAAUAUAUUGAAGCCAUAUUGUGUAAAUGAGUAAAACCCUGUAAAUACUUUAUAGCAGAGUAUGAGAGAUGCACUACAAGAAAUGGAGUCGAUGUGGAAACUUCUUUUAGAAGAGUUUUGUUGUUUUUAGUUGAUUAGAAGGUAUUAACUUGAGAAAACCCAUCAUGUAACUUCUCCACUGCUCUGGAGACAGAGACUCUUACCUUGUUUUGAAGUCACCUCUCCCAUUUCUUGCACUAUAGUGAUAUUUUUUUAUACAGCAGGAACUCUUUCAUAUCCAUGCAUCCAAACAAAACCUGCAGAAGUCUCCACUUCUCUCUGCUGCUUUAGGCUGGAAAUGAAACCUUUAGGCCUUGGCCACAGGCUGUACACAUGAGUUCUCCCUCCUGCUGUGUAUGUGUCUGGGAGUCACCACUGCCCCUUCCUCCACACUCACCAGACUCAGAGCAACACCUUCAGAAAAAAAAAGGCUUUUCCUCUUGUUUUUUAGUGAUAACUGGAAGUUGAGUUCCCACAAUACAGCUCCACAACAUUUGCCUCUCAGUACUGCCUUAAGGAGGGGCUAGCCCAGCACCACCAGCAUUAGACUGGCAUGGAAGCAUCUUCCCAGGUGAGCUGUGGGACUCCAUCCUAACCCAAAGCAAGGAGGGGUACAUUUGUGGAUGCUACCUGGCCCCAGACUAUCACAGAGGGUAAUACUAAGCACCUGCACUUAACCCAAAUGGCUACAGUAUGAACAAACAUUCAUCAGACACCUGCUGACUACAUCUCCCAGCUCCAGCUUCCCUUGCCAGGUUCAAGCCCUCCAACAGGGCAUUCUGCAGUCUACUUGCCUUAGACAUUCCUUCACGUUCCACCUUAGUCCUGAAGCAGCAGCAACAGCAGUUGCAGUAAGCCCUCAAUAAAACACAACCAACCAUGUUGCCACUCACCCUCCAUUGGCUCCGUCUCCCACGUGUCGGUUUCUGAUGUUCUGCAGUUACCAAGCACUGUCCCAGACCUGGAAUGCCACGUACACUGCAGCACACAGACACCUCUCCAUGGUGUAUGUUAGUGUACAUGCUAUACAAUGCUGUAGGAUGCUAUUCUAUAACCUCCUCCAGACUAUGCUAAAUAAAUUUUUACAAAGAA